AGGAGAUGAAGGAGGGACUUCAGCAGAAACAGAAACUCUCUGAAUUUGAGUGUUUUCAGAUAGUGUGGGACUUUUCACUGUAAACGAGGCCCUAGGACCAUGCUUUGGACUCUCCUGCUGCUCAUGGACCAUGUGCUCUGUAUUCCUCAUCCAGUCAAUGUCUCCAUCUGGUCCUUCAACUUGGAGCACAUCCUCCACUUCCUCCCAGGCCCAGGGACCCCAGCCAACGCUCUCUUUGGCGUUCAGGCGCUGAAAUUCAGAACGGGCAAAUGGAGAGAUGUGGCCCGGUGUACCAGGAUGAAGCCUGCUGAGCUCUGUGAUCUGAGCAAGGUUUUUAAAGACCCCUUAGACAUGUACCAGGCCAAAGUCCGGGCCUUCACCUCUGACCAGACAUCUGACUGGACUGAGAGUGCCCACUUCCAGCCGCUGUCAGAUACCAUUUUGGGCCCUCCAUUGCUGAUGCUGUCAGGCUGUGGGAACUGCCUGCUGCUCCGGGUCUCCCCUCCACGUCUGAAAACGGAGCAGCCCCUGAGCCUGUUGGCAGAGCUCCGUGUGCAGGUGCAGAGGAGCAGGGAUGGAGCUCGGUUUGACCUGCGCAUGCCCUACAGGGAGGAGAUCCGUGUGGAGCAUCUACAGCGUGGUGUGGAGUACUGUGUCACUGUGACCCUGCACACUAUGUUCAACGAAAACUCCACUCCCAGCAAACGGCUGUGUGCGGAGAGCAGCCCGCCCCUCACAGCUCCUGUAGCUCCAGUGAGCAUUGUGGCUGUACUGUUGUCUGUGCUGCUCGUCUCUUCUCUGGGAUUGGCUGCUCAUCGGUUUUUCUCCAGACUCUAGGGCACUUUGGCACCGCCGCUCACCUGAACUCUCAACAGGCUUCAUCUCCUCGGACUCUUCAUUUUACAAGUGUAAUGUGGAAAGUACUACAUUAAGGAGGAGGUAUUUUACUUAUGUGCUAAUAUAUUUAACAUAAUGUAUUUAGAUCAUAUUUUAUUGUUUUACAAUGCUACAUUUGUAUAUUUUGCAAGGAUUUUGCAAGUUUCAUUUUAGUUUUUGAUGCUCCCUGGCAUAGCAUUAAGUCACUCCCCUUUCCGAGGACUAUCACAUAAAAUCAGUACACAUCCCCCUGCAUCUGCAGGUGUGUACAGUUUUGUAUCAUGUUAUUGUAUAUUUAUAGAGAUUUGUCAUGUGGGAGCAUGAAUGACAUGGACUUGUGGGUGUAGCAUUGCACAGAAUCUUACAGCAUUGUCUGGGGAAAUAUGUCUUUGUUUUUUGUUUUUUUAAGAAAAAAUGUUUUUAGCCAGAACCUGUUAUUUUGCAUUUCUAUACAGCUUUGUUUAAUAAAAUAAUCAUAAGCCAAAACUA